AUGGUCCACCCCCCCCCCCCCCCCCCCCCCACCCCCCCAGAGGAGUACCAGUGCAGCGGGCUCCUGGAGCAGGACCUGGCCGAGCUCUGCGCCCGCGCUGGCAUCGUCCCCGUCCCCGCGGUCACCCCGCGGCCGGCCCCCGCUGGCCCUGCAGGGUCGGCGGGGUCGGAGACCCGCACCCAGCACCGGCACGGCCAGCGCUGCGUCCAGGUGGAGACGGAGCACGAUGACCCCCGGAGCGUCCGCGAGGUCUUCGUGCGAGGCUGGACCAUCGAGGAGGAGAUGCUGGGCGUCCUCGGCAAGUGCCUGCCCGCCCUCGCCCACCUGCGGGCCGUGCACCUCUGGAGGGCCGGGCUGACCGACCGCCUGCUCCCCGCGCUGACCACGCUGCUGGCACGCUGCCCCGGCCUCGGGACGCUCAGCCUGGAGGGGAACCCCUUGCCGGAGCAUUCCUUCCACCUGCUGAUGGGGCCCGGCAGCACGCUGUCCCACCUCUCGCUGCGCAACAACGGCAUCGGCGACGAGGCCGCCCGGCUGAUCGGGCAGAGCCUCUCCACCCUCGGCUCCUCCAACCGCAGCCUGGUCUCGCUGGUCCUCAGCUUCAACCACAUCUCGGACGUGGGAGCGGGGCACAUCGCCCAGGGCUUGCGCUGGAACCGCUCGCUGCUGUCGCUGUCCCUGGCGCACAACCACAUCGGGGACGCGGGGGCCCUGCGGCUGGCAGAGGUGGGCUUCUCGCUCCAGCAGGGGAGCAGGAGCGGGAUGGGGCCGGAGAGGGAUGGG